UCAAACAAUACAUUAGAAUAAACAGUCGCGUCACGGUCUUCACUUCUACAAGGCGUUGUUCCUAAUCUUAUUCACACAUCAAAUAUUAACUUCCUUUUGGGAUUGAAAGAGAGUAAAGAUCAUCGCUGAUUUCAGUUCAGUCAGUUCGCCGUCAUGUUUCGCAAAAGUUCGUUUUUCUUAUUUUUUUUAAUUUCCUACAAGGCCGAAACUGUCACGGAAGAAGAUCCGCAAUGCGGUCAAGUAUUUUUGGAAAAAACGUUCCUGAUUACCAGCCCGAAUUAUCCGUUGUCGUAUCCGAAAGCCCCGCCCUGUUUCUAUCUGCUAAAAGGGCCGGAAAAUUGCACCAAUAACGAGUUCGUAAUCGAAUUUUUGGAUUUUGACAUAUUCAAAUCGGCGGGAUGCGUUACGGACAGACUGGAAAUUGGAAGCCAAGACGCCCUAUGCGGCAUUAAAAAGGGCUUUAAAAGGUACCGGGGCGAAAGGGGCCUUUUGAAAGUGAAAUUCGUGGCUGAAAGCGAAACGACGGGCCACGGGGGGUUUCGAUUGUUGGUGACGAGGGUGGAUCUGUGUGGAGAUGAAGACACCGCGACAAGUGGUUUUAGUUAUGUUACCGAUAACACAGAUGACCAAACAACAAUCCAACCGACAAAACCAACCAGAACCUACUUACCACCCCCGCUACCACCCUGCUGCCAAAAAAACACAUUUUCAAACAAAAUAUUCCACUUGGUAAGCCCGAAUUUCCCGUACUCAACAACCAACCCUACAGAUUGCAGUUUUAUUGUUAAAAAAUCCAGCCCUUCUGUCUGUAGACUUCGUAUUAAUGUGCUCUAUUUCAACCUUGAUGUGGCACGAAAUUCUAGUUUCGUAGAAAUUGAUGGUAAGCGAAUAAGUGGAUGCAAAUCAGACCUUAGGCUUACCACAGAGUUUGGGGUAAGCGAUUCGAAGUUGGUGAGGUUCGUUAAUGAGGGAUCGAAAGUGUCGGGGGAAGCAGGUUUUGUUUUGGAAUUUAUGCAGGACGAGUGUCAAAAGUUGUAUGAAGGAAAUAGAUACAACCAAAGAAGGUGGACAAGGCAAGCGGACAUUCAGCAAUUAAAGCUUUUAAAUGAAAAAAGCCUCCAUAUACCAAGCAGAGAAAACAACUACAAUAUUCAAAAAUAUUUUUACUUUUUUGGCCCUGAAGAUGAUCAAGAUAUCUCUUGGACUGGAGAUGAUAAAGAAGAAAUCGAUUCAAUUGACUUAUCUACUAUAGAAAACCACUCCAGGAAUCUUCAGGAAUGCUUCAGUUGGAACCGGGAACAACUAGAGGUGCUUCAAAGAAGCUUUGGGACAAACUUGUAUUCCACGUGUAAAGUUUCAAGCAGUGUGGAGAGUCCAGACUGUUUGAUAUUGAAUUCGUUAUCUGGAAGGUUUAGCAGUCCUGGAUAUCCACUGGGAUAUCCUGUAAAUCGGAAUGUAUGUUAUAGAUUCCACUUUACACCAGGAUUUUGCAAAAUCGAACUUUACUUCGAAAACUUCCAACUAGAAAGCAGCGUUGACUGUUUAAAGGACUACUUGCUCAUAAACAACGACCGUUACUGCGGCACCUACUUAACAAACAAGCAAAUUUUAAUUAGUCGAAAAGGACAGCAACAGGAGGCUUUCGAGGAUAUCACGUUUAUAUCUGACGGUAAUUACUGCGGAAAAGGUUUUUCCGCGCUCUAUCAUCAAGUGCGUUGUCACAAUAUACCCGAUGAGGAAAAUUCGAUUAUUAGGCCAGACAGAUGUUUUCCGUUGGGAAAACCUAACCUCGAUUGUCACAGGGUUAUUUCGGAUGACGUAUUCGUUAUUAACAGCCAGGAAUUGGGAAGAGUUUGUCGGUGGGAGGUGAAGAAGAGUAGUGGGGACGUUUGCAAAAUCGAUUUUUACCUGCAACAUUUUAAUUUACCUUGCCCCAUUGGUAGAGUCGGAAUAAAUGGAAUAAAUUUGUGUGGAGAACGUACAGGACAAUCUUUGUCUCUAGAUAUAGUUGAUACCAUUACACUUUUAUAUAGUGGAAGUCAACUUUAUAAGGGGGCAUUUUUGAUUCAAGGAAGGCAAAUUUCCAAUUGUGGUUAUUCUAUUCCAGAUCCUGUAAGGCUUACAGCACAACUUGAUCCAGAUAUGGGCAAGAACAGAACUCAAUAAGCAAAAAAUUUAGUUAUUAAGAGCUUAUAAAAUUAUUGUGAUAUACAUAUAUGUAAAAUUAAAGAAAAAUUUAUUGGAA